AUGCGCAUAACGCGUGCAGCUUUGCGAGCUCAGGUUCAUGAGGAACCUCCCCAAUCACAACUUAUCCACGAGGAUGCCGACGCGGACACGGAUUCCUUCCAUCUUUCAGCUGGUAGUAACGCCAACACGGAAAGCUCGAGUCGGCCGCCCUUGAAAGAUAUUACUACCGAGACCAACCCGCCGAGUCACGAAGAUCCUUUUACCGACGAGUCCGGCUUGGCGCUUAAGAAGGCCAAGGGCAAGAAGAAGGGUAGACAGCAGACGAAGAAGGAGACCGAGACGGUCGAGACGGACGAUACUACCCACGGCGAACUCCCGCUUGACGAGGGUGACGCGCUGGCAGAAAACCGCGCAGCUCUCGACUCGGAUUCCAUAUUGCACCACGCAGCUAUCGACUCAGAUUCCAUAUUGCACCACGCAGCUCUCAACUCGACUUCUACACCGCACCACACAGCCCUCGACUCAGAUUCCACACCACACUACAUCACGGCUGAGGCUCCAAAGACCCCCAAAUUCAACCCAGCUAUCCACAAGCCCGUGGAAGGAAUAGCAGCUUUGACUGGCGACCUCAUUGAAGACUCGUUUGUAGAGAAAAUCACCUCGAGAACACCAGGCAGGAUGCUCUCGUCCAAAGGAGAGAGCAGGUCGCCCGACUCAUUCGUCGAACAGAUCACAUCGCGAACCUCACGAAUUGAAGACUCGGUCGAGGCUAUUGACGCGUUGGAAGACGCAAUCGAAAGGAUUGCCGAGACACUCCCAGCUCUGGAAGAUCUGAAGAUGGAGUCCCCAGUCAAGUCUAGGAAGAACACCCCCGCCCGCAUCAACCUUUCAUCAGAUGGCCUUGCCUUAAGGUCAACCAAGAAGGCCGGGCUAACGCCAGCACGAACUCAGCGUGAGUCGCCUGCAAAGACGCGAACCGUGCCCAAAGCCAGCGAUCGACCAAAGCCCACAGUCUCGCGACAGUCCUCUGUCAGGACUACAGGCAAGCCCGCAAUCAAACCCGCAGUCAAACCCGCAGUCGCUACGAACCCGGUCAAGAAACCGAUCAAUGAUGGGCACAAACCUCGACCAGCUGCCGCUCAACCUGCACCACCCUCACUCUCCUUCUCGAACUCCCCAGCUAAGAGCUUGCCGAAUACCACCAAGAAGCGCGUUCCUAGUGAGAACUUGUCCACCAGCAGGCCACCAUUUGUCCCCACCAAAUCCAGCAAACCACCGACCAAGCCAACGUUUCAACUACCAGGAGAGGCCAUUUCCGCCAAGUUGAGAGCCGAACGUGAAGAGCGGCUCAAACGUGAAGAAGAAACUGAGAAGGAAAGGAAGGUGUUCAAGGCUCGUCCAGUUCCUGCCAAAGUAGCUCGACCAAGUGUCGUGCCCCGAGAGAACAAGGCCAGUCAAGCGAGGAUGAGUAUCUACGCCAAUGGUAUCAACAAGGAGAACGUUGCCCCCAAGUCCACUACUGUUUCUGAGCCAAAACCACGUCCUUUGUCGCUCGAUGCAAAACCUAAGGCGGCAGAUUCAACCGCCACGAAGGCGAACUCCAGUGUUCGACGUACCGCCUCUUCAGCUGCGGCACAGAAGCCACGUGUCUCAUCCCUGAAUCUGACAGCCGGUCAAAAGUCCGCCGUCACCAAGAACGACGCCGUCCACCAGAAAGCUAAAGGAAAAGAGGUCUUCGGGCGUAGUAAAGCCGAAAUGGAACGUGCGGAGAAAGAGCGACGCGAGAAGGAAGAGGCCACACGGAAGGCUAGGGCGGCCGCUGCAGAGAGAGGCCGGCAGGCCAGUCGCGAGUGGGCAGAAAAACAGAAGAAGAAGAUCGCUCAGCAGGCACAGGCUAAGCUCCUGGCGGCCAAGGCAAGCGAGGGUGUCGAGCAACAGGUCGUAGCAGGUCAUGACGGUACCGGCAUGGACAUGGGCGCGAGUACGAGCACCGGCACGGUGGCCGCUGCUUCAUAG